AUGCCGCUUGUUUCGAUAGGAGAUAUUGUUGCUUGCACCCAGAUUGCAUUCCAUCUAUACACCACCCUCACCAACGGACGAAACAAUGCCCCUCGCGAAAUGAAGGAGUUAGAAGCCGUCCUAUUCGGCCUCUAUUGUGCCCUCAGCCACCUCGAAAGAGAGCUUGAGGGCAUUCUAGUUGGACCCUCUACCGGAGCUGAACCUGACAUUGUUCAAGCUCGACAGCACCUGGGACGAAUGAUUGAAUCUUGCCGGAACAUCUUGAAGGAGCUCGACGAAGCAACUGCAAGCUACCGCAAAGCAGCCCACGAUCCCCCUCGCCCUGUUUCUAGUCCUUCCUAUAGAGUGUUUGGCUUGGGAUUUUCUCAGUACCUCAGAGCUCAGGCCAAGGUCCAAUGGCAAAGAGUCCAGUGGUACCUCCGCAGCGACUCAUUUGCCAAAUAUCGAAUGGAGCUUCAGGCACACACGAGUGCUAUCAAUCUUCUCUUGAACACUAUGACAUGGUCAGUUCUACUUGAGCACCCUUCAGAAUGCUAG